AUGUCACCAGCGAAAUCGAAAUCGAAAUCUCCGGGUCACGAACCGCCUACUCCACCAUUAUCACCCAGGAGCCAAGGUUCAGAGAAGCUGUCUGCUCUAGACGGCAAGAACGACACAACCUCUGUGAAGGGGGACGCCAGCCUCGAUACCCAGCCUGUGUCGACGGCGCAGGUCGGCAGUAGCACGGCAUCUGAUCGCGCUGGUGCGCCCGACUUCCUUGCGUCCAUGAGCCUUCAGAGCCUCCUGGGUAAGGUGGUCGACGCACUGGGCGAGAUCUUCGAGAAGGAGGCCCUAUUGAGAGAGGCGAAAGCCAAUGCCGAGAAGAUAAUUGCUAUGAAAGCAGAACUGGAGGCCCGCGAAAUAGAGCGCGAACGCAGAAUAGACGAGGUCAAAGAGCAACUGCGCGCACAAGUGGAAAAGCACGUACAAGAGAUCAUGACCACACAGGCAGCGGAUCUCAUCAAGGGCAUGGUGAGCCAGAACCUGAAGAAGAGAGUGGCCGACGAGCUCGCGUCGGAGUCCCAGAUACCAGAGACUUUGAAGGCUCGCAUCAAAGAGACCCAACCUACCCUCGUAAACAUGCAGGUUGAUCUGUAUAACAGGGAAGCAAAGCGGUACCACGGCACGAUCCGAUCCCAUAAGGACAAGGACCCGUUGAGGCCGCCUCUACGGCCUGCCAAAUCUCUCUCUGCCGAGAGUCCUUCUACAUCAGCCGCAGCUGCGCAGAAGGCAAUCCCCCCAACGCCGAUCUCCGCGCGAACGAAUUCUGGCUCGAAUCAGGAGAUGGAGGUCGAGCCUCCGACGCCCUCCCCUCUCUUCCCUUCCAAUAUGCGAGCAUUGAUGAGAUUGAAGCUAGAGGAUGCUCGGCGAAUCACGGCUGAAUACAAUUGGCCCGUGAUACCUGAAGAAUCGGAAGGCGGUAUUGGAGAUGGCGGAGGUGAAUCCAGGGAACACUAUAUCAACACCAUAAUGUCGCACAGCGGGAUACCGUUCAAGUUACCGACGUCUCCACAAAGACAUACACGACGGCCCACCAUAAUCACUUGCUUGUCGCCCUCCAACACCCGUAGUCCUAUGUGGUGA